CACGUUUUAUAUUAUAAACGGCACCCCAUAAGCUAGACACAUGUAGCCUGUGUUUAGACGCCUUGCAAAGGUCUGUAUAAUAUAACUGAUCUAGACUACUUCAAAAAUAAGGAAUUUGUUUUUACUAUGUCAUGAUAUGUAAAAGUGCACUGAAAUUAAACUUUUUUUGUUUUGUUAAACAUCUAAGGUUCUGCACGCAGUAGAGAGUUGUAUCAAUGCUUGUUGUUUCUCAGCAGUUAGCACCGGCCGGCAAAAUCAGAGACACACCCCCCCAUCACUCGCUGAAAAGAAGCAGACUGACAUUUUCCAAAUCAUCCAAUCAGCAACCGCUGUUCAGUGGCCUCGUGCCAAAAUAGAAUUUUUCUCUAAGGCAUAAACCAAUUAGAAUCAAUGGGAGGCGGGGCUACGCGAAAUCACGCCCGGCUGCACGGGCAGUGGAGAGUGGGCGUGGCGUUGGUUCUUGCUGGGGGAGAAAAGCAAAACAAUCAUUUCAGCUUUUCCUUUUACCAGCUGCAUUUUGUGUGGUUUUAGACGUAGUGCGAUUUAGUGUCUCCGUCGAAAAACUGGGCUUUGUAGACAGGACACUAAUUUUAAAUGUAUCUUUCCUUGCUGGGUUGUAAAAUCUGUCGACAUCUUAUCCGUCUUUAGAUCCACUUGGCCUGUUUGAAAAUGACUUCGAAGCGCCUCCUCGAUAAGAAACCAGCCGGUGUGAGAGGGACCGGCGCCGGUAACUUCGUGUAUGGGGGAAAUUACUGCACUAAACACAACGAGCAUUUUUCAGCGAAGACUGGCGGAAUCAGAACAGGAAAGAAGUCACCCGUAACGGUUAACGGGUUUGACACCCAAAUAGUGGAUACCUGCUCCCUGCAAGAGUCUAGCAAAGAAACCUGUCCUAAUGGAAACCCGUUGGCUUCAGGUCCAGAGAAGCACUACACCAAAAAAAAGACCAUCUAUGCAAGUGAGGAGGAUGAGAGGGAGGUGGGUCCAGUGGAUGUCCUGAAGUGCAGCAGUUUUACUCAUCACUUGGUCCUAAAUGAACAGAAGCAAGUGGAGUCUAUAAUUUCGUUAAGGAGCUUGUUGCCACUGCGUGUUACAGAUGUUUCAGAAGAGAAGAUCUAUGCAUCCGCUCAUAUCCCCGUCCCUCACAUCAGGAAGCCCUCAGGCCAUGCUGAUAAGGAGGUGAUGGCAGCUACUGUCUUGACCACUCUGUCCACAAGCCCUCUGGUGCUCAACCCUUCUUCUGGUGCCUCGGGUGGAGUAUUAGAGACAUCCAGCAGGGGAUGGAAGGAGAGUCUGUCAGCCAGCUACAGCAGCUCAACCAGUGGCAACUGGAGCUGGGAUGCUAGCGACCAGUCGGUGCCCUCCACACCAUCCCCACCCCUCUCCAAUGAUGUGAACAAGAGCUUCCUGGCCUAUUCACAGGGAGAGGACAACAUAGAGGAAGCAGAGAGCACCCACUUCCUGUUUGAGGACCCUAUUCGCCGGAAACGGAAGAACUCCAUGAAGGUGAUGUUCAAAUGUUUGUGGAAGAACUGUGAAAAGGUCCUUAGUACUUCCUCAGGGAUUCAGCGGCACAUCCGCACUAUACACCUGGGGCGGAAUGGAGAUUCUGAUUACAGUGAUGGUGAGGAGGACUUCUACUACUCAGAGAUUGCGGUGAACAUGGACACACUGUCCGAAGGGCUGUCAAACCUCACACCAACCUCGCCCACCACCACUGGCCCGCCCCCCGUCUUUCCUCUUGCUAAAGAUAUGUCACAAUCCAGGUCUGCCACUGUGAUCCACAGUCCGCUCAGCCAGUCAGCUCCCUCCGCACUGUGCCAUAUCCGCACUGACCAUGCUUACCAGGCCACUGCUCCUGUCAGCAUUCCUACUGUGUCCUCUGAGCCAUUGCACAGCCACAGCACCAUCAGUGUCUCCUGGCAGUCACCUUCCAUUAUCUUUAAAAGCCAACUAGUAAGAAAGCAUGGGGCAGUAAAUCAUGUCGGCAUUUUGAGCACUGGGGAGAAGAGACAGCCUGUCACACAUACUGUUGGCAAGACACAAACGACCACCAUUUCUACACCCAAACCCAGCACCGGAACCAGAAAACCCCGAGGAGAAGCGAAGAAGUGUCGCAAAGUGUAUGGAAUGGAGAAGAAAGAUCUGUGGUGCACAGCAUGCCGCUGGAAGAAAGCCUGUCAGCGCUUCACUGACUGAUUUUACCCUUUCUCUUACAAACAUAACAGGCUCUUCUAACAUCAGUGUCUGAAUCACUGACUCAUUGUUGACCCCCUCUUGUGCACCCUAAAGGAUUCCAUUCCUUGAGGACUCUCAAAAUUGGGUAAGGGCUUUUCUAGCAAGUGAGCUGUUUUGUGUCCUGUACACCACAGCGAACAGUGAACACAUUUCACUCUUGCGAAACAUUGGGGGAAAAAGAAAAGAAAGAAAAAAGUUGAAAAAAUACAAUAUGCAUUAGCUUUUGCUGCACUACUCUGAAGCAAGUUUUUUUAUUUUUUGUUCUUUUGCAGGCAAGAAAGACAUUCUGAUAAAGUACCUAGCGAAUGAAACUUUUAUAUAUAUAUAUAUAUAUAUAUAUAUAUAUAUAUAAAAUAAAAUCACACACACACUAUAAUUGUAAGCAGCAAAUUUCUUUGAAGGGUUUUUUUUGGACAAUUUCUAAUCACUAUUCAAUGAUAGACUUUAUACAGUCCAUUUUAUAUUGAGCUGUUUAGGCAGGGCUAAACUUAUCAGUUUAAUUUCUUUAACCAAAGUUGAAGAGUCUCAAACAGAAUAUGUCCAGAAUUCUGCUCUCUCUGGAGUUUAGGCUUUAUUUAAUUUUCAGUUUGUAUUUUUACACAGAUAAAACGGAUAAAACCAUCUUCCUGAAUCUUAUUGAGGUCAUGGCCAUCAUGAUGAGGGAGCAAAUGAUGCUCAUAAGUUUCAUGUAGCUUUAACCAUGAAAAGAAAUGUUCUAUUGCUUUAGUCAAAUCAGUACUUCUGUUAGCAUCUACUAUAUUCUCCCCUUACAAGUCUCUAUUGAUAUGAUGCACCUUUUCAGAAUUCUCUCAUAAGUUUGUUAUAGUGAGAAAAUAUAAAUUAGCCUUCAUAAAAGAUCUGGUUCAUUUUCUGAUCAGUUUUGCACCAGCUAUUUUAUCCUUGUCAUACAAAGUGAAACCAUCUGUUAUUUUUUGAUAAACUGGUAUUUUUGUAGUGAACUACAGUUAAUUUAAAGGUGAGCAUGUUGACAGGUACAGCUCACUGUAGAAUGUGAUUUGUAGGUAAUAGCUGUACUUCACUGUGAUCUUAUGAAUUGGUUAUGAGCAUGCCUGUUCAUUCUACUCACUGACCAAACAGGACUUUCAAUAGUGAGUGGCCACUAUUUAGUCCAAAACUAAAAACGAGACCAGAGUCUCAGCCUGAAAGUGUAUUUCUCUAGCUUUUGGCAUCCAAGAAUGGCCACAGAUUUAAAAGGUGAUGGAGCUUUUCCUGGCAAAUACUGUUUGAUACCUCUUUAAAUGUAGACAGUGCCAUAUACUCCACUGUGCUAGCUCUUCUCACACCCUCUCUUUCGUUUUCUGCUGCCAGUCAGACCAACACAGCUGCAAAUGAUGACUGUACACUUGUGCAUGCACACACACACACACACAAACAAGCAGGGGUGUCGUCUUCCCCAGCUCUAAACUAUCUCUAUGAUUUCACUUAUUAGAGCUCCUAUUGAUAUCCUAAAAUUGUCUUUGUAAACUCUCUUAAUUAUAUUAAAUAUUAAUGUCUCAGUUGUUUGCCUCCUUGCCUGUCAGACAUCCUGCCCUAUCUAAGCACACAGCAACUUGAUCUUGUCUUUGUUUGUGGUGAAAAAGAGUGGUUCCCUCUGGUGGUUGUAACUUUCACUAAGUGCCAAUUAGAAGAACAAAGAGAGGGUUUUUUUUAUUAAAAGAAAAGAACUAAAGGAAUUGCACUAACGUGUACUGCACACAAACAUUAUUUUUAUGUGGCAUUUUUAUAUGGAUGAAUUGAAGUUUAAAGAAAAAAAAUCUUUUUGGUUAUACAGUAACUGGUCUUAGUUUUGAACUAUAGAUUCAGGGAUGGAGGCUACACACUGACUCCACAACAAUAAGCUUAACAAUAAGCUUAACUUUCUUGUUGGUAUCUACAACAUCAUGCUAGUAUUGAUAUUGGAUUGGCCCAUAUUUCCUGUUGUCCAGUUACUUGUAAGUGGAGUGUCACAGCUUAUAUUUUCUCUUUUCAUUUUCUCUUUCCCUGACAUAGACCUUCCUAUGUCUAUGUCAGGGAAAUGACGCUUCAAUUACCACAGUGACACUUCAAUUGCAGGUAGUUGUUUGAAACCUGAAAAUACAGUUGUCCACAUUUUUAUUAUUUUAUAUUCUGCCUCAUUUGCUAUGGCUUCUUUUAUAAUGUAAAGCAGAAACUUAAAAUUGUAAGAAACUGUUUUUAACUGAAGAUCUAGUGAAAAUGUAGUUCAACAUUUUUGUCGGGUUCAAGUGGAAAAGCAACGAUGAAUGUAAACUCUUCAAAAGAAAAAGCCUAUAAACACCUGUCACUGUUGCUAAAGUGAUGUAUUCUGUUAUCUCAUCGACAUUUACAGUUUGAGACCAUAUCUAAUAUGCUUUCAGUGAAAAAGACCUAAAUUACAGUGGCGUUUAUUGGCAAGAGAACUAGUCUCACAGAAUGCAGCUGUAUCUUUCCAUCACUUUUUCUACAGCCUUGCGUUAUGCACAUCCUUCAUCACUUAUUCUAGCAUAUAGAACCUGUCAGUGGUUUGCUUUUUUUUCUCUUUCUAUUGUCAGUUAAAAUGCUCUCCAAAUAGUGGGUUUUUUUGUUUGUUUGUUUGUUGUUGUUGUUGUUUUUUUUUUUUUUUUUUUUUUUUUUUUUUUUUUUUAAAGUCAGUGUAUAUUAGUGUACUAUUGCCAGACAGGAGAUACUUAAAUUAGUGAGUUUAUUUUUAUGCAUAUUAAGUUGGUCCUGUCCUGCACAUUCCGACAGACUGCUUAUUUGUGUUUUUGUUUGUCUCCUUGCUCAUUCUGUCUGUCAGGCCUUACCCAGGAAAUUAAGCUAAACACCCAAUAAAUGUGCAGUUUCACUUUGCAUUUUUUAAAAACAUUUUAGAUAUUACAGGGCAAAUGAAUCAUUGAAUGUAAUGAAAUGUAACACAGAAACCAGCUUUCAGUGCUAAAAAAAAAAAAAAAGUGUAAUCAUUUUAAUGCGUUUUACUGAGCACAGUCUGUGUUUUUUUGCUUUUGAUCUUUAUUUUUAGUUUAUUUUGGCAUGACCCAGUUGGCUUUUAUCAGAAACAACCGCUCUUUGAUGUGUUGGUUGAUAUUUUCUGCAUGUCUUCUGUAUGGUCUCACUUUAUUAGAAACAUUUUUGUGACAUGUCUGAAGUUCACUGUUGUGAGCAGAGUGUGAAAGACGUGAUUGAGUGGAUGGAUAUGUAGCUUAUGUUUGACAAGCUGUAUGAGGAAAAUAUGAUUUAUAUGGAUGUAAUUAAAUCUAGAUUUCAGAAA